AUGGCCGACUUAGCUUUGGGCGCGAUUGGCGUCGUCCCGGUCGUUGAGUUUGUUUUCAAGUCUUUCAAGGGCCUCUACAAAAACUUGAAGACCUUCAAGGAGUACGCUCGAGAAGCAGAGCGAAUUCGGCGACAGUUGGAGGUGCAGGAAGCCAUCUUCAAGAAUGAAUGGAAGAUCCUGAGGACCAGCGAGCAUCCAGGCGACACAACACAAAGACUGCGAGAGAUCCAGGACCGUCUGAAGGUUACCUUCCGAAGCAAGACAUGGUCUGAGAGCAUCGAGAAGCUGAGGCGCUCCAUAGGCAACCUAAGCACACUCAGGGCACAACUCGAAAAGCUUGGAAAGCCGGCGAGACACGAGUUGUCUGUGGAGGGGAAGACUCGUGAACGGUAUCUCAUGGAGUGGCGGGGCUCAGUGGCUCUAGAGUCUGGAUUGGUGCAACUGCACGUUCGAUCUUCUAUACUCCAAUUGGACUUCGGCGCUUCGAGGAUGCCCUUGACACCCCCAGACGAGGAACAUCAAGGGAUGUCGAAGAGACGAAAGGUCGUUCGAUUUGAGGAGCCAACUGUGAAGCAGACCGUCGGCCACCAGGCUCAAGAGUUCGAGCACAAAGCAGGGAGCCAGCUGAUCCAUCAGACGUCCCGCGAUCUUCGGUCGUCAGGCGACAUUUGCUUCAAACUGACAGGCACGCCACCCACCCAGAACGCGUCGUCAAGUGAAUCGGCGCCGCACUGCUUCGGGCAUCUUGACUGCACUCGGCAGAGAGACAACUUUUGUCAUACUUUCUAUCCAAGCUGUCCCGAAACUAGUCGUCGUCACACUGAACGCAGUCCGAUGGCGCUUGACGAAAUCAUCAAGACCAGCAGGAGAGACCUAAUCAACCCCAUUGAUAAACUGAGACUGGCACGAAUGCUUGUAUCCGCGGCGCUCAAGUUCUACUCAACUCCAUGGCUUAACGACAUCUGGCAGCUCGGAGAUCUGUUCGUGUCAGUAGAUGACAUAGAAGACCUCUCGCAGUCAAUUCACAACAUGCACCUCUCCGCUGAGCUUGGAAAGACACGAUUGGCAGCCGAAAGUGAUAUAAGAGACGAUGAGGAAAUUCGAUGCAACAUCAAAUGUCGGCCGCUGUGGAGUCUUGGAGUGGCACUGGUGCAGAUUGACCACUGGGAGAAGAUUGACUUGGGCGACGCUCUCGCGGUUCGUAAAGCGGCGGCGAGGACGUCUCAGAUCUCCCCCAAGUAUCGGGAUCUGACGCAGCAAUGUCUGGAAUGCGAUUUUGGGCGAUGCCGAGGCCAAGAUCUGUCAAGAUCUCCUCUGCAUCAGACUGUGUACAAGGUGGUUCUUGGUGAGCUGGAUCGCCUGCUGUCGCUUAAGGAACAAGAGAUGAGCCCAAUGCAGGUCUCGGAUGAGGGUGAUCUUUAA